ACUUCAGUAUAGUGUCCCUCAGGGCUCCUUAUUGUCUCCAAUGUUGUUUAGUAUCUAAAUGAAACUGCUGGGAGAGAUCAUCAGGAGAUUUUGUGCAGGGUAUUAUCAGUAUGCUGAUGACACCCAAUUUUUUUUUCUCCAUGUCAAUAUCAUUAGGAGAAGGCAUAACUUCCCUAAAUGCCUGCCUGGAGGCGGUGAUGGGCUGGAUGAGAUAACAAACUGAGAUUGAAUCCGAAUCCAGAUAAGAUGGAGAAAAUAACAGAUGCGGGUAAAGGAUCCUUCAAGGGUUAUCUCUGACAAAACCAAGAGACACAAAAAGUCAAAUCAGCCUCAUGAUGAAGACUCUUCUGAUGACAUUGCAGGACUGACAUGCCAGCAUGUAAGCCAAGCGGUGGAUGUACAUCAUGUGAAGAGGGCAGUUGCUCAAAACGUCUGGUCAAUAUGUUCAGAGUGCUUAAAGGAAAGAAGAAUAUGUGAUGGUGAGCCUGUAAUGCCUUCAGAUAUAUGGCUCUGCCUCAAAUGUGGUACUCAGGGCUGCAGUCAAAAUUCAGAAGGCCAGCAUUCUCUAAAGCAUUUCCAGACUGUACGGACAGAACCUCACUGCAUUGUAAUCAAUCUGAGCACAUGGAUUGUAUGGUGUUAUGAAUGUAAUGAAGAGCUGUCAACACACUGCAACAAGAAGGUUUUAGCACAGAUAGUUGACUUCCUCCAAAGACAUGUUUCUAGAAAUGAAUUAAGUUCCUCAUCAAAAAUUAUAUGGCUAUGUGAUGAAAACAAAGAAGCAAGUGGAGUAUUAAAGGGGAAAGGCAUUAGUUCCAGUUGGGCAUCAGUUCCAGUUAAAGGAAUGAAUAAUUUAGGGAAUACAUGCUUCUUUAAUGCUGUCAUGCAGAAUUUAGCACAGACACACAUGUUAAAUGAACUAAUAUGUGAAAUGAAAGAAAAGGGGACAAAACUAAAAAUUGGUCAGUCUCUAGAGUCUCAACUGGAUCCUUUGGUAGUGAAUCUCUCAAGCCCCGGAUCACUGACUUCAGCUAUGUUCCUGUUCCUUCACAGCAUGAAAGAAACUGUAAAAGGCCCUCUUUCCCCAAAAAUUCUUUUCAGCCAGCUCUGCCAAAAGGCUCCCCGGUUUAAGGGAUUUCAACAGCAGGACAGUCAAGAAGUUCUCCACUACUUGCUGGAUACAAUGAGGAUAGAAGAAACAAAGGCCUUCCAAUUUCAGAAGGAAGUCUUCUUCCCUUUUAUGGCUUCCUUGACGUUACCUGUUAGCCAUGCUGGCAUCUUCCUGGACUUAGUGCGUAUACAAGCUGCAAUCUUAAAAGCAUUCAAUAAUCCAACGACUAAAACUGCAGACGAAGAGACAAAAAGAAAAGUUAAAGCAUAUGGAAGAGAGGGUGUGAAGAUGAACUUCAUAGAUAGGAUCUUUGUUGGUGAAUUGACUAGCACUAUCAUGUGUGAGGAAUGUGAAAAUAUUUCCACAGUAAAGGAACCCUUCAUAGAUCUUUCACUCCCUAUAAUAGAAGAGAGGAUCUCAAAACCUGCCCCUUUUGGAAGGACAAGUAAAAAUAAACCUGCACAAGAUGCUGAUGCAGAUCAAUACAGCUGCUCUUCUAUCACUGCUCUGAAUAACCAACAAUCAAAACUAUCUAGGAAACACUUGUUAACAAAGGACAAGAACCAAGUAAAUCAUGAAAGAAGACUUGCUAAGAAAUCCUCCUCUGGUGAAGAAGAAACAAGUCCUUUAAUCAUGCAUGAAAAAGCCAGAACAGCUAAAGCUGAAGGCAGCUCCAGUAUUCCAUGUACAAGAGAGAGCAAUAGCGGGUUGGAGUCUGCAGCAAAUGGAAGCCAGACUGAAGGCAGUGAAAAAGAAGCCAGCCAUUCUGAAAGCAGCAUUGAUGCAGACAGUGAGGCCUCUGAAAGUGAAAGUACUUCUAAGCAAACAGCUGCCAGCAGAGCUUGUAACACACCUGGUUUAUAUGCUGAUGGACAUAAACACUUACCUGCAAACAAAUUGCAACACAACAAACCAAGUGAUAGCAACACUGCGGCACUUACUGGUGCCUUAUCAAAACUCAGCUUUAGCAGUGCAACACCUGAGAAUGAAGGGCUGCUCAGUAGGGAUCAGCUGUCAAACAAAGUUGCCUUUUCUGUAGGAACCCCUCCGUUGCUGCAAAACCCUCAGAAUGCUUUCCAGACCCUGUCUCAGAGUUACACUACUAGUUCUAAAGAAUGUUCAGUCCAGUCAUGCCUCUACCAGUUUACCUCCGUGGAGCUGUUAAUGGGAAACAACAAGCUUUUGUGUGAAAACUGCACAGAACAGAAACAAAAGCACCAGAAGAAAUCAAAUUCCACAGAAAAGAAAGUGGAAGGUGUGUAUACAAAUGCCCGGAAGCAGCUGCUGAUUUCUUCAGUUCCUCCUGUUCUUGUUCUGCACUUAAAAAGAUUCCACCAGGCUGGUGUGAGUCUACGGAAAGUAAACCGGCAUGUGGAUUUCCCACUAGUUUUGGACUUGGCUCCCUUUUGUUCUGCUUCUUGCAAGAAUGUGAUGGAUGGUGGGAAAGUUCUCUAUGCACUUUAUGGAAUAGUGGAGCAUAGUGGAUCAAUGAGAGGAGGUCACUAUGCAGCAUACGUGAAAGUCAGAAGUCCUUCAAAAAGGCUUUUGGAGCACAUUUCUAGCAAUAAAAAUGUUCAAGGUUUAAAAGAAUCGGUAGGAGCAUCUGCAGGACAGUGGGUGUACGUUAGUGAUGCCCAUGUACAAUCAGUUCCAGAAUCAAGAGUAUUAAAUUCACAAGCUUACCUGCUUUUCUAUGAAAGAAUAUGGUAGUCAUAGUCUGCACUGAAAAUAUGACAAUGGUUAUUUAAAAGCAGGAAGAGAUUACAGUGCAUCUAAAUGCUGUGCCUUUAUCUGUUCUCUAGUAUAAAUCUUACCAUGAUUUCUUACUAUAAAAACCAUAGCCUGGAUCCAGAGAAGCCUGCACAUGCAAAAAAUGCUUCCAUGCAGGCCUGCAGUUUUUGCCGCCUGGCAGCUGCCCCUUGCACGUCAUAGGUUGCUGCUCUAGAAGGCCCCAGACCUUUGGGGGCGCUUUACGAGGAGUAUGUGGAGCUGCCAUGCAAAAGGAGAAAUUGCAGUUCCCCUGUAUGCAAGCAGGAGCAAUUUCAUUCUUUUCUGGAUCCAAGUCCACAGUCUUAUUAUUUAAAUUCCCAACAAUUGUUUUGCAAUAAUCCACUCUGGAAAAUGAACAUUGAAAUGUCAAUGUGGGCAAACAAACUCAACAAAAUUUUAAAAAACUUUAAUUGCAAAAAUGAUCUCAGAAAGACUGAUUAGUGCCUGAACUGUUCACUGAAUCAUCAUCAUGGUUGUAUAGCGUGUUUGGCACUUGAGUUUUUGAACUAUUGUAUUUUAACUUACCAAUGGAGGUAGUUAUUUCAGGAAAGGUAGUUAUUUCAUUAGACACUGUUGAGAUGCACUACUCUGUGCCAGUUAAUAUGUUCAGAAAAGAUGUGGCACUGUCCUUCAGGGACUGAACCAUUUCAGAAUGUAGGUAGGGUUUUACAUCUUUGAAUACACCCCCAUCAAAAGUUCCUUGCAUGUGAAAAGCUUAGUAUAUCAGAGAGUAGGCUGAAAUAGAACCUUUCUCCUUGAUGCUCUAGCUUUUCAUAUUCAGAGAGUUCUUGACACAGGGAUGUGUUCAAACAUGCACCUGUUAGAAUACACCUGCAGUCUGAAAGUGCAACAGACCUGGGAGGACUGCACCACAUGCUUUCUCUGAACAUUUUAAAUUUGCUCAGAGACAUAAGUAUAUUGGCAGAUCAGUUCACACAUUCUAGUAGUACAUGAGGUUCUCUACCAUUUUUGCAGAGCAAUUUUGUAAGUGUGCUAGUUUACUUCAUAUCCAACAUUUGGGGUGGGGUGGGUAUACUUGAGAAUUGCAAAUAAUUCUGCAUUUUCCUAAAGACUUUGUAUAGUUUUUGUGACCGACAAUAUUCAUUAUCUACUGCACUUGACUACUUUAUUGAUAAGAGGGUGGGGGAAGAGAUAUAUGUACAAGUGGGUUAUAAUCAUUGCCUCCUACAAAUAAUCAGGUAUGUAUUUUCAUUAUUUUUUCUCAAUAUAUGCAUUUGUAUCCUUUUUACAGUACAAAGAACUGUGGGGUUUUCUGUUCAUCCCUGUUCAUUGUAGGGAUGAACAGUUCAUUGUUCAUGCCUGUUCUUUGUGAGUUUGGGCCUUUAAAAAAGCAACACACAAACUAAAAGUCCUUGUGGUACAUGACAAGUUGCUUUUAAAACUUGAGAAACUUCUAAGAGAAGUCUGCUACAGUGUAUGAAGUACAGUAGUUCAGAGUGGAAUAGGGAUCAAAGACCUCAUGUUGCACUGAAGCCCUUACAUGAAUUUGGAUGGAAACUGGGGCCAUUGUCAACGAAUGGCAAAGUAACAGAACUCUCUUUUCUUACCCAUUUGAAAUAAGUAUAGGGGGAAGAGUGUGUAUGAGUCUGCCGUGCACAUGUAUAUCCAUCUAUUCAUGGGAAGGACCUGGGUACAGUAUUAUCAGAAUCUCUCCUAGCCAAGCCCCAUUAAUAGCAAUAGGAAGGGUGCCAGAACAUGUUCUACUUGCACAGCUCCCCAUUAAUUUCAACUGAGUUUCCACAUGAGAAAUUCCUGGUGGAUUUGUGCUUCAUAUUGCUAAUGCUUUAAGACUAGUAAUACAUUCGUACCUGAGAGGGAACUAAUGAGCUAUUGUGACACAUAGUGGUUCAUAUUUAAUUUGAUAAUUUAAUUUUGAUUUACUUUAUUAGUCACUUUAAUCUGUUUCAGUGACUUAUUUUCAGUUUGCAUAUCAUAUCAAUUCCAGCAAGCCUACUACUCACUAAGUAGAAGCACUAGAUGUUUAUUAUUUCCCAUUAAUACAAGGAAGUCUUUUAUGGUGAAAAGGGUGAUAUCUUUCCUCAUGGUAUUAGUCUGAGAUGCCCUUAAUAUCUGGGGCCAGUGCAGAAGGGCUUCAUAAAAGACACGCCCUUUCCCCGUUUUUGCAUGGGGAUUAUACAACAGGCGUGGUUGAGUUUUAGUCACUACAAUUAGCAUAAACACCUGACAUAAUUAAACAUAUGACUUAAGAGAGCCUGUUUGUGUAGAGUAAUGGCACUAUAUUAUUAAUUAUAAUUGAUUCAGAAUUGACCCAUUGCAGCACUGGGAGAGAGAUGGACUUAUUCAAGCCAACAUAGCCAGGGGUCCCUCCAGUGGGCCACUUGCUAUGUUGGGUUGCAUAAGUCCAGCUUAUUCAAAUGGCGGCUGUCGGUGUCUCCCUUGUGUUGCAUUUUAGAUUGGAGCCCUUUGAAAGCAUCAUCUCACUCUUCUUGCUACUACUUUGAGUUUUUGUUGUUGAAAAGCAGUAUAAAGAUAUUCUAAAUAAUAAUAUCAUUUCCUGUUUUUCUACUCGUGCUGCAAAAGUCUAAUUAACUUAGCUCCAGACAGAGAGUGAGUGAGUUUGUGUCUGUGUUCUGUAUCUUUUGGGGGAAAAAUAUAUUCUCUUUUUCUUACGACCUCUCUUUUGCCAUCCAGUAGUCCUGAACUAUGUCUACAGUUGCCACCUUUAAAUUCAGUCCCAGCUUUAGAGUAGAGCAUUCAUGAAACUUCUUUCUUGAUCUCUUUUCUCAGGAGACUCAGUGUUUUCAGAAUCAGGAUGUGCCUUCUAAUCCCAGGCCUCCCCUGCCCCACAUAACACACCCAAAGUAGUGUAUUUAAGCCUGUAGCCCUCCCAUGUUUGUGACCGAAAAACACUUCUCAGUUAAUUAGGAUCACAGGAGAAAAAACUAAGAUUUACAACAGUAGGAGCAGCACCAUCUUCUGGCUAGAUUUGGCAACUGCACAUCUUAAAAUCUCCCUUUACUAGGACAAAGACUACAAGUGUUUGGGCAGUACUUCCCAAUUAGAAGAAAUUGUGGCUAAGAGCGCAUUUUAUGCAUGGCUCCAGACAUGUUUCUAUCUUUCAAAGUUUAUUCCAUUUCAAGAGCACUUGAAAUGGAGCCUUUAUUCAAUUCAAGAGCACGUUACAAUACACUGUUAUAAGACUUUCUGAAAUGUCCACAUUUCUUUCUUCUUCAUUUUUCUUAUUUUAAGCAUUGGCAAUAUGGUAGGGGUUGUUGCUAUAAGAAGUUUUGAAUAGGUCUGUGUUAAGCUCCUACAAAUAGCUGGUUCUGUCAGCUUGGACUGCACUGAUUUGCCUUUUUGAAUACUCAUGCACAUACUCCAGAUGUAGUCUCCAUUUUCCAAUAGGAUCAUGCUUAGUGAGUACUCCUGAUCUAGUUAGAGAAUCAUAUGCACAACUCUGGUUGCUGGAUGCAGGUGUAUUAUAUGGGUUUCCCAAUCCAAUGACUUUGCUGCCAAAUGACUGUAAACACACUGGGCUGUCCAUUUCUAAACCAGUAUCAUAGGAAGAUGCUCAAAUUAAAUUUUGAAUGAAAGCUUUUAUUUAUUUUUUAAGCCAAUAAUGUAUCCCUACAUAUCUAAAUUCCACUUCUUAGGCAAGGAAACUAAGCACUGUAUUUUCCCUCCACUGUUGACAUAUGAAAGAAACUAUGGGACUAUGUGAGACAGAUGAUACUAAGUUUUUAUAAUGCACUAAGAAAAACAGGUUUUCUAUUCCAUUUUAGUGCUAGUAACCUUGGAUUACAUUUGAUAAAAGAAUAUGUAGGCAUAUAAUAAAUUAUUUAAAGGACUGUAAAGGGCCUUGCUUAAUGAUUAGCAAAGACAAAUCCAGGUGGAAUUUAAUUUGUAAGUGCAAUAUAUGAACCUGUUACUGUACUUUUACAUGUAUGUAUUGAAUGUAUAUACAUUUUUCAAUAGGCAUAUGUAUUUAAUAGAACUGAGACAAAAUAUUAAGAUGACUGCUAAGUAUAUUCCAUUGUGGAUGCAAUCUAUUUUUGAUUUUCAAAAUAAAAUAUUAAGCCACUGCA